GGAAUUAGUCCUGGAGCCUCUCCGCCCUCAAAAACCCUUCUUUACCAAAGAGAUAUAAACAUCUUCCCUAUUAUUUUUUUUAAGCAGGAAAGACUUAUUUAAUACCCUAAAUAAAAUAAAAUAGACCAAUUGCCGUGCUUGUUCAGCCUCAUCGGCGUCUGUCUGCAAUCGGAGUGGGGUAAAUAGUUGUUUCUUGAAUCAUCGGAUCUCCAAAACUUGUUGGGGUUACGGCUAAAACUGUUAAUGCCCAUGCUAGGGUUUUAGGCUCGUAACGCCUGGGUUUUUAGGCCCUCCAAUUUUAACGCUUUUCCAAAUUUAGACAAAUUUUCAAGUGAAGUUAUACACUAAUAAUACGAUUGUUCAUUAUAAAGCAGCUUGAGACGCCCAAAUAAAAUUAUGACUUGGUGCCCUCAUUGUGUCAAAAAUAGCCAAACACAUCGUGAUCACACCACCGGCAGCGUAUGCUGUGUUGAUUGCGGAAAAGUCAUAUCUCAAGAUUUAUAUACAGAGGAUGCUACUUUUGUUAAAGAUGCCGGCGGAGGGGCUCGUCUGGCAGGCAACCUUGUUAAAAUGGGAAGUGCUUGUUCCGAGUCACAUAUAAGAACCCUAAACAAAGGGAACACGGUAAUCUAUGAACUCACAGACAAAUAUGGGAUCACCAACGUCGAUCACGCUACUAAAUAUUACCAGAUAGCUGUUGAGCGUGGCUUUACAAGGGGACGUAGAACAUCUCAAGUUGCAGCUGCCUGUCUUUAUGUUGCUUGCCGGGAACUAGAAAAACCUUUUCUGCUUAUUGAAUUUUCCAGUGAAUUAGGUGUUAGUGUCUACGAGUUAGGCACUGUGUAUUUACAACUAUGCAAGCUGCUAAGCCUCCAGGAUCAUCCCUUUGUUCAAAAACCAGUUGAUCCUAGCCUUUUUAUGCAUAGAUAUACAAGUGGACUAAUGAAAAAUGAUGAUAGUAAUAAUAAGAAAGUUCUGAACACUGCAUUGCACCUUGCAGUUAGCAUGAAAAGAGACUGGAUUCAGACUGGGAGGAAACCUAGUGGUAUAUGUGCCGCGGCUAUCUAUGUUUCUUCAGUGUUACAUGGAUAUAAUUUUUCAAGAGCAGAUGUUGUUAAAGCUGUACACAUAUGUGAAGCAACAUUGACAAAGCGAUUGAUUGAAUUUGAAAAUACAAAAGCUGGGAGUUUAACAAUUGAAGAAUUUACAAAUGAAGCUAUGAAAUUCGAGAAGGAUAUGCGGUACUGCAAACAAUCUGCCAUUGACAUAAAGAUGCCUGGAGCAACGGAAGUGGUCUGCCAGCAUAAAAACAGUGCUGUUCAAUCUGGUUUUGGCCUUUGUAGGAACUGUUAUCUGGAGUUCUGUGGGGGACUUGAUGGUUCUGAACCUCCAGCAUUUCAACGUGCUGAAAUGGAAAGAUUAUCCAAGGAAUCAGUGAAAAGUAUGACGGACUCAACUCUUAACAAAGAGCCCCUCCCAAAAACUACUGCGAAUGGAAAUGGUAGUCAACAUUACAGUGAACUCCAAGCAAAUGCCAAAGAAAGGUAUGAAGGCUCCUCACUAGAGUUCCAAUGUGCUUCUCCCAACUCUGGAAAAGUCGACAGAAUUGGUGAUACUGUAGAUGCUUUUGAAAACUCGAAGGACCCCCCUGCUACUGUUGAUGAAACAGAUACCCUCUCUGAAAUUGAUGAUCAUGAGGUUGAUUUUUACCUGCACACUGAGGAUGAAACUCGGCUUAAGGAGAUCGUAUGGACACAUAUGAACCAAGAUUACAUACAGGAAGAAGCUGCUAAGAAAGCUGCGGCAGCUGCUGCGGCAGAAGCUGCGCGUAAGCUCUAUACCGGGACCUCGGAGGAAAUACGUGAAGCACAGGCACUUGCUGCAGCAACAGCUGCAGCUGUUGCAAGCAAAAAAGAGAAAGAUAAACAUAGGCGAGCUAUGGAGGCCAAGAAUGCUAAGCCUGCCCAAACUGCUGCAGAAGCUGCUGGUCAAUUGUUCACAAAAAAGAAAUUAAGUUCCAAAAUUAACUAUGAUGCGCUAAAGGAUAUCUUUGAUGACGAGCCAAGUCCAAAAAAGAGCCGUAUUGAAGAUGAGGAUGACGGAUCUGGGAAGGAACCUAAAGAAACAAACGACAACGAAUAUAAUGAUGAUGAAACAGAAGGUCACGAAUGGAACUAUGAUGAUGAAUACCAAAUGGAUGGCGAUGUUUAUGAUGAUGAAGAUGCGUAUCUUGAAGAAUAUUGAUUACAACAUCGGAUUGCAUUAUUUCAGAUAUCACUAUUAUUUCUAUUUUUUACAAUCUCCAUACAAAGUUCAUAGUGAUCAAAUUUAUAUUAGUUUAAGAUGAUUGUUUAUCUAUUAUAACUUGUUGGUCAGAAAUUAUUAUUAUUAUUAUUAGUUUGAUAGUUUCUAGAGAAAAUUACAUUUUUAGUA